ACAGCAUCAAUUUUAAAUACCAAAAUUACCCCAUCAAUUUGUGCAGGACAAAAACCCUAGCCCCACCCCAAACCCACCAAGCUCCUCCUUUCUUCCUCUGCAUCAAUGGCCGGUGGUCGCUUCCGCGAGCUUUUGAAGAAGUACGGCAAGGUGGCGCUGGGGGUCCACUGCUCCGUCUCGGCCGCCUCCAUCGCCGGACUCUACGUCGCCAUCAAGAGCAACGUCGACGUCGAGUCGCUGAUUGAGAAGCUCCCCAACCUAAACCCUCUUAAAUCCUCUACCGAAGAGAAACCCACCUCGGAAAGUGGGCCCUCGGCGGCUGUGGUGGAGGAGAAGAAGAGAAACCGGACGGCGGAGCUGGCGGCCACAAGCGGCGGCGCUCUGGCAUUGGCUUUUCUCUGCAACAAGGCUCUGUUUCCGAUUCGGGUUCCGAUUACGCUGGCGGUUACGCCUCCUUUGGCUAAGUUCUUGGCCAGGAGGAGGCUUAUCAAGACUGGUCUAUGAUUUGGGGAAGGAGAAAUGUAACCUGUCCAGCUUUGGACGUUGUGACAGCACCAAGUGGAAUCCUGAAUUUUGCACAAAGUAGGGAAUCUAGGUUUUAUACGAGUGUUUCUAGAAAACAAAGCAGGAAAAUUUGUUCCAAUGUUUUAGUCCGUUACGGCAUAGUUUGCUUGUUUGACCUUGAAUCACGUCGAAAUGAAGACAUCAGCUUCAGAGGCAAAUCCUUUUACUUAUUGCUGUUGUUAAUAUUUGAACUAAUUUUAGUUUACCCCCAUCAACUUUAGGUCGAUCAUCAUGUUAGUCAUUCCUCUUUCAAUUUUAAAAACACCCCUAAACUCCCAAUUUGCACCAGCCGCGCAUGUCCAAACCUUUAAUUUCUAUCUAAUUCCUCUGUCAAGUGAUGACUUGAUAUCAAGAAGAAAG